GAAUAUUGUUUUUGUUAUUGUCUUGAGUUCUUGAUUGUUUUAAGACACAGACAUAAAAAAAGUUAUUUAUUGUUACAACAAUUAAAGAUAAACUUGAAAUAAUUUUUCUACACAACUGUGAUUGGAUUUUUGUUUAAAUUGGACGUAACAUUUUCUACUGUAUAAGGCAACAGUGGUCAAUAAAUUUUUGAAUAGGCACCAAUUUUACAUUUACGGCUCUUUAAUUUACUAUUAAGAUGCAUCGAAAUUUACCACAGAACAAAGAGGCAUUACUAAAAUCUUACACGACGAGGCUUAAAGAAGACGUUAAAAGUAUGCUAGAAAAUUUUGAAGAAAUCAUAAAGUUGGCUAAAGGUGAAAAUGAAUCCCAGCUGAAUAGAAUGACUCAAAUUGAACAAGAUACAUUUGAAAUGCAAGUUAGAGCAGCAAAUAUUGUUAGAGCAGGGGAGUCACUGAUGAAGUUAGUUUCUGAUAUAAAACAGUAUUUAAUUUUGAACGAUUUCCCAUCAGUGAAUGAAGCUAUAACACAAAAUUCCAAGUUAUUCCGCACAAAACAGCAAGAGUGUGAUCAAAAACUUAUGUCACUUCGUGACGACAUAGCUGCAGACCUUUAUGAUUUAGAAGAUGAAUAUUUUACAAGUAUUUAUAAAUAACUGUAAGUCAUCAGACCACUAAAAGUAUGUCUUAGCAAUAAUAUCAAUGCUUUUACAUGAAGUACUUUAUACAUUUGCGAAUAUUUGAAAUAAUAAAAUGUUAUAACUUUA